CCUGUUCGUCUCCCCGGACAUCGUGGGCACCCUGCAGGCGCGCAUCGACGACCUCAUGGACCAGACCAGCUUCCCGCUGGCGGACAAGGGGCUGUGAGGGGGCGGGCGGCAUGGCGGGACGCGAGUCGGGGCGCCAGAGGGAGCAGCGGCGCGUGCUGGACGAGGCCGCGCGCCGGCGCCGCGCACGCAAGGCGCUCGAGGCGCUGGAGCAGGACAACUUCCACGAGGACCCGCACGCCGACCUCGUGAUGAGCAAGAAAGUGCCCAAGUUCCACGAGACGCUGGAGUCUCGGGGCGGCCGCAAGAAGAAGAACAGAAGUGCCGAGUAUUACAAGCAGAGGUUCCGCAAGAACUUCUCCCAGCUGGUGGAAGAGGACCGCUUCCGAAACCCAGAUCCUCCCAACUACUGGUCGGCUCAGGCCCCGCCCUCGGCUCGCCCCGAGCGCCACUUCUGUGCCGUGUGCGGCUUCCCGAGCAACUACACGUGCAUCCCCUGUGGGGCGCGCUACUGCAGCGUGCGCUGCCUGGGCACGCAUCUCGACACGCGCUGCCUCAAGUACACUGCCUAGUGCGGCGUGCCUAGUGCCGUGCUCUGGACUACUUCUGUGCCGUGUGCUGCUUCCCGAGCAACUACACGUGCAUCCCCUGUGGGGCGCGCUACUGCAGCGUGCGCUGCCUGGGCACACACCUCGACACGCGCUGCCUCAAGUACACUGCCUAGUGUGGCGUGCCUAGUGCCGUGUUCUGGACUACUACUGUGCCGUGUGCUGCUUCCCGAGCAACUACACGUGCAUCCCCUGUGGGGCGCGCUACUGCAGCGUGCGCUGCCUCAAGUACACUGCCUAGUGUAGCGUGCGCUGCCUCAAGUACACUGCCUAGUGUAGCGUGCCUAGUGCCGUGCUCUGGACUACUACUGUGCCGUGUGCGUCACGCUACUGCAGCGUUCUGGACACAUUUCUGUGAGAAUGGACGGCUGAAUUUUCCUUAUGGGGGAGAUUAAUAUUUCUAGUGUGAAAUUUGUGUUUCUAAUGUAAGAAUUGGUGGAUUUUUUAAGUUUCUGGUAUUUUUCUAAUGAGAUAAAGCUGUUUUAGUGUUAUUUUAUAAGUCUUAACAGGUGUUUUAAGGAACUGAUAUAUUCUAUCAAUUUAUUGUAAUGCUAUUGAGUAGACAACUAUUAAUACUUUUGUUUAGUGGGAAGUAUUGUGUAUGCUUGUGUUUAAAUGAUUGGAAUAAACUAUUUUAGUUUUUAGAUCCGCAUAA